UACGAGUCCCGCGGCCGCUGGGUGUUGUGUCUGCGUGUGAAUCACGAGAGAAGCGACGUGAAACACAACGGAAACGGUUUUUUUUGUUGUUGUAUUUGGAAAACAUGGAGGUCAGCGCCGAGGCCAAGAGGAUCAUGGUCGUGGCUCUGGGGAAACUGUACAGCUCCCGCAGCCAGAGAGGAGGUCUCCGCCUGCACCGGAGCCUCCUGCUCACCCUGGUCAUGAAGUCCGCCCGGGACAUCUACCACGAGGCCCAGGCGACCGCGGAGGGUGUCGAGCCGGGAUGCGAACAACAACAGCCCGAGGCGGCGGCGGCGGAGGCUCAAGGGAACACGGAGUCCCCUUGUGGGGAGCUCCGGGGUCCCGCUUCGCUCCGGACUUUACCUCGCGAGGAGGUCGUCGUUUCCCGCAAGGAGGACAAGGAGAACCGGUGCCCGAGCGUCACUGUCCCGGCACAACCGUCGAGGAAGAGACGCGGCAAAGCGGCCGUCGAGCCGGACUUCCUCCCGUGUAAGAAAGCGAAACUGGAGCAGGCGAGCUGCCCCCAACAGCUGCUCAUGAGCCCGGUUCUCAUGGACUAUGUGAACUGCAGCGGCCUGGGAGCGCACCCGGCCCCCAUGACCAUACACAGAGCCAUAGCAGCGUGUUGAAACCCUGAAACAGGGGGGAUGUGAACUUUUCCCACAGGGCCCACAGGAGCCUGAACGCACCCGACAGCGGGCCAGGACCCCGGGGGGGGGUCACACGGAUGAACACCGCGGGGGAUGGUGGAUCCCGGAGAGUCCCCCGGGCCCGGACGUGACUCCGAACAAGCCGGGACAUGCUCCAGGAAUCCCGGGAGCGGCUGAUGAGACGUCCUCAGUGGCUCUGCGAUCUGCAGGAGCUCAGCUGGAGCGUUGCUUCACCCGGACCAGGCUCUAAAACGGCCUUUAUGGACAAUACUGAACUUUACACGAACAUCUGUACGGGCACUUUAAACUCUACUAGAUGUGUUGUUGUACGAGUGUGUUGUGUUGAGGCCUUCGUGCUGACUGAAGAUGGCAAAUGUGUACAAAACCAUUCAAUGACUGCAACUACCUCAGUAUUUAUUAAACCUUUUCUACUUAACAGUGAAA